GUUACUUCAUCUUCCUAUUAGUAAAAUAAAUCGAAUUAUGAGAAAAAGGGGAGGGGGGGUUUAAUGUCUUUCCACGUUAUAGCAUCUUAUGUCAUUGUAAGUAUCACACUCAACGCGCCUUAUAAACAAAUUUAAUAACGCUCAUGACAAUAAGCUGCGGAUAUCGAUCUCAUCCUGCUUAUCAGCAUCAUCAACGAAUCGUGUUAUGCCGAGAUUGUCAACUUACUCGGCUAUUUGGAUUCUGAUGCUCCUCUUUGAUCUAACCGUGACAGAAAAUAAACUAUAUCCAAAUUCCUCCGAAAAGUUUUGGAAAAGAAGAUUACUUUAUAAAAAUGAAAUGAUCGAAAUUGUUGGACCUUUGAACGAGACCUCGCGAUUUGUAAACGAUCAAAUAGCUAAAGAUACAAAUUUUAGUGGAAAACUUGAAAAUGUCAUGGAGGAUACAAAGGAGCGGACUCUGAUAGAUUAUAAUGGACCGGUGAUAAUCGGCGAGGAUCUUGAUAAUAAAAGUGAUCAGGAUUUCGCGGAUCACGUUCGCGUUAAGAGAAACGAGCCGACCAACGAUUCGAUCAUCCGUCAUCAGUUGAACCAUUCCGUGAACAUAUUUGAUUCUUCUCCAAGAAAUUUCUGGAGCAAUACUGAUGAGACAAAUGUUUACGGCGGGUCCACGUUCGACUUUGCAACUAUCGUAAAUAUACCGUAUUUAAGACACAAAAGAGGAGUCUUGUCUAAAAAAAACAAGCAACACGGAAAACGCAUAAAAAGAAAUAUUAGACAUUCCAAACAUCGCGUUGGGACUGAAAACAGGAAAAAAAAGCAUGAUACCUUGAAGUCUUCUCGUAAACCUGCCAAGAAAAAAGCUAACAAUUCGAAAAAGUCAAGUAAAAAGACAGAAACCGUGUCUGCCAAAAUGAUGAGUAAAUCGCGGAUAGAGAAAAGAGAAUCUAGGAAUGACAAUUUAAACACCGAUUUUGCUAGAACUAGUGUCACCGAUUACGAUAAACGAAAAGAGGACGCCGUUGCAUUACCCUUCGUAGCGGAAUUGCGUGUUCGUAUUGAAAAAAUUCCCAGGAAUGAGUCAUCCUUUGUCAGCAACUGGACGGAUCGUUCUAUCGGGACUAGUACUUGUCGUCCAACUGCGUUAUUAAAAUAUGAUGACGAAAUUGUCGACGCCAAUGCCACGGAUCGUCAACUCGUCCCAAAUUUCGAUUCCACUGGGAGAGAAAAAUUUGAUAAUUUAACAGUGGAAAUUAUAGUUAAGAAGCUAGAUUACGGAAAUAACGUUUCCAGUUGGGGGACGAGCGAUUCCGGAAACGCAUCGUUCUAUAACGCGGUAUCUCAUCCGAUCGGAUCCGAUCUAUCGAGAAUCAAGGACGAUCGAGACUUGGAAAGUGGCAAAUACAACCGCGCCAAGAUAUCAUCGGAUGAGGAUGCAAAAUCGCGCGCGAAGAGAAACCAGGAAAUUACAUCUAGCCGUUAUCUACGUAGUGAUAGGAACACAAUGAUAGGAUCAAAACCUUUCAAGAACGGACAAAGAACGUCGAUCGAAGAUAUAAAGCACAAAAAGACAAAGCACAAGUCUCGCGGUAAUCGCGCCGUAAGGUCGAUCGAAGAAAUUAAGGAGCUCGCUGAAAAAUUAAUGGUCAAGAUAAAUGAAUUGCAAAUGUACGUGAACGAACGUAACGAAACCCGAUACACGACAUCAAUCUGCGUUGAUGACGCAAAUCGCGUGGCCACCGAAGGGACACCGAGGAUCUCUUCGGAGAAGAAACACAUUGCGAGAGUCUCCAAGUCCGAGAUCGCCGACAAUCAUAGACAUCUCGCGAGGAACAGCGGACAGGUGACCUUAGCAGGAAGAAGAGCAUCAUCCCGAAUGCCUUCUAGCGGUUCGAGAUUCGCCAGAGGAGAGAACCCAAUCCAAAGGAAUACAUUGCGCCGCAAAUGGGGCAGGUGGAUGGAUUGGAGCAGUUGCAGUGUUACAUGCGGUAAAGGCCGACAGAUCAGGUGGAGGCAUUGUUUGCACGAUUGCGACGAUGCGGAAACCGAGAUGGAGGAGAAAGCAUGCCAAUUGCCGGCUUGUCCCCCGGGUAAGUUCUUGGGAAUAUUUUGAAAAGUUCUUCUUUUCGCCGAAUGAAAUAAUAAUCAAUACUAGCGUUCUGUAUAUUGUAUCAACGACGUUAUAAUUAUUGUAUGAUAUAACAAAUCGAUAUCUUCCGAUUGCCCAAAAUAUAAUCGGCAUUCUCGAUAUAACUGCGCGCUAAAAAAAAUUCGAAUUUACUUCUCGAGAAGUAUCAAAUUUUUGACAUCAUUUUAUCUCUUCUUUUGCAAAUCAGACAGUUUUUGUGUAAAUUUAUGACUUUAGACAGCAAAUUUUAUUACAUAGCAAUUUUUGAAAUUGUACAAAGAUAUAAUUGAUGAUCAACUUAAUGAUUCAUCCUGGAAAAUAUUUUAAGCAAGAUUAUAUAUGAUAAAAUUCACAAAGUUCAUAAUAUAGCAUAAACAUUACCGCUGUAUAAAACUUCUUUGUAUACAUAACAUGUGAAUGAAAUUUUUUUAUAGCCUCGAGAAUAUAGAUCGAGAACUUUCCUAAUCAACUCGCAUAUAUAACAUGGUGAUUGCAUAACUGUGUAAUAAAUAAAUUAAUGUAUAUUUUUUUCUAGUUAUUUUUUUAUGAAAUACAUAUUAUACAGGAUAUUUUAAACAAUAUCUCUACUUUCACCGGUAUUCACAAAUAACGAGAGCAUUCAUUAAAGAGUAAGUUUUUCUGUCGCACCUCAAUCAUUGUGUUCAUCAUCCUUAUAAAAUUAAUGAAACGCAAUUGUCCGCUUCUUACUAAUGGUUAUAUUUUGUGACAUAAUAAUAAUAAUAUAUAAUAAUAAUAAUAAUAAUAAUAAUAAUAAUA